GUGCCGCGAUCGACGCUACAAGAACGUAUCAACGGUCGUCAACCCAACGCGAUAGCUCACUCAAAUCAACAGUGGUUAACACCAGAGCAAGAGCGUUUUCUAGUACCCCACUUCAUUGCCUGCAACCCACGCGUCGCAUCUAUAGUCAGCCGAACAACUGGGAGCGCAAGGGCUACAGCAGCUAGUCAGGACACAAUACAGGCCUUUCUUGAGCUGUUUGAGCGGACAAGAAUAGAGCUAGGCAUACAUUAUGAAGAUAUAUGGAGUAUGGAUGAGACUGGAGUAGCACUAGGGGUAUGCACGAACGCCCAGGUGCUUGCAAGCUCUACAAAGAAGAAGGCUUAUAUC